AUGUUAUCAGAACGUGAACUCUUGAUCGAUAGUUUACGCACUCCGGAACGUAGCCCCGAAACAAUAAAGAAAAUGGCAAAAAAAUUUGGUGAAGAUAAGAGAGUAGUUGACCCAGCGAGAAUUAAUGGUUUUCAUGUAUUAAAGCGUUAUUACACCAUAGAACUCAAAGUCAAGGAAUUGUCUAUUGAAGAUGAAGAUAAACAGCGGUUAUCACAAUUGUAUAGAGAGCAUGGUAUAAAAAGUAUCUAUGCAGAUAUUGCAGAAAAAAUCCGCGAGUUGUUAGGAUUAGAUGAAUCAAAUACCAAAAAUAAAUCUCCUGCAUCAGGCGUCUUACCUGUUGGUUAA